AUGAUUAGCCUGGUCUCCCUGCGUCCGCCGUGUUCGAUCUCCCGCUGCAAGAGGUUCUAUGCCGCACCCCCGGCACGUCCGGCCGGGACCCGAAAGGCCGCCUCGCCUCGGCCGCUGAUAGGCCGCUAUACCGACAGUUUUCCCCUCGAACUCGCCCGCGUCCAGUCCGGAAGGACCGUCAACCUACGCGACUACGAAUCCCAGGUCAAGCUCAAACGGCUCUCCUUCGACCUCAAGACUCACGAUGGCAAAGUCCUGCCGGCUCUGGGUCCUAAUUUCCUCGGCCCGAAUGGCUGCUCAUUGAGGGAACCUUUCUCGCCCACCUUCCAAGAAGUGGUCCGGAACUUCCGAGGGACGAACAUUGUGGUUUAUGUGAUCCCCGAGGGAACGCCGGUACCCAAAACGUUGACUCUCUUGCACGAGCACAGCGACCAUUUCUCUUUACAAUGUGCUGAGCCCAUGUCUCUUCCAGAACUGAAUAAAGAAAUCACCGAUUUUCUGGUCAAAUCCGCGAGGGCCAUAACAAAGGAAGAGUUUGGCGAGGAAUACCCAUACGAGAUAUAA